UUGUUUCUGUUUUCUCUUUUUUCUUUCCUUUUCCCCUCCGGUUUCUUUCUCUUUUUCUCUCUCUCUCACAAGUUUCUCUCUCACUCUCUAUUUCAUUCUUUUCCUCCCAUGCCAUCUCUCUCUGUCAUAAUCUUUAUCUUUAGCCUAGUCUCUCAUUCCCUUUCCUUCUCUCCCAUCUUCUUCCACUUUCUCACUCCGUUUCUCACUCUUUCACUGUUUCUCGCGUUUUUUUUUCUUUCUUCACCCGCCCAGUCACUCUAUUUCUUUCUUUCUUUCUUUCUUUCUUUCUUUCUUUCCCUGUCUGACUCCAUCUAUUUUUUACACACUUUCUUUUUCACGUUCUCUCUCAUUCUCUUCCACGUAAACCUUGUCUCUCGUUCAAGCUUCCUCUAUCUCGUCUCUCCUUUAUAUUCUACUUCUUUCUUAUGUCCUUUUUUCUUUCUCUUAAGACAUUUUUCUCAUUCAAUCAUUCUCUCUCUCCCUCUCUCCCUCCCUUCCUUUCUCUUUCUUGCCUUCUUCCUUUGCUUUUCCUCCCCAGUCUCUAUUACUAUUUUUCUUUCUCUUUUCUCUCGUUCAGGCUUUCUCUUUUAUCUAUCUCAUGUCCUCUCUACUUCUCUUACGCAUUGUCUCUCAUUCACUCUCUCUCUCUCUCUCUCUCUCUCUCUCAUUCACGCUCUCUCUCUCUCUCUCUCUCAGUUUUGGUGCGUAAUUGUAACAUAA